CCUGUUUUGUUUUCUUUCGCUCCGUGUCCGCUCGGGUCGGGUCGAUAUGGAAGAAUAUUUUGCGAGGCGAGGAGACGACCACAGCCUGCCCGUGAAGAAACGCGGUGUCUUCAAACACUGGUGGACCUUAUAAACAGAAGCAGCGGGCAGCAGUAACACCUGCCGCGGGGCUUCGACACCCUCACUCCGCCUCUGUCGUCCGCGACAUGGCUCUCAGCUCGGGCGGCUGGGCUCCUCCAGCCCCGGUCCCUGCCUCGUCCCAACAGGCUGCAUGCGGCGGGCCUGCGCCGACGGCUUGCUGCAGUACAGUUAUAAUGUCAGUCCGGGUUUCGGUGUGCCAUUCCGGUAUCCGGCCCCUGUGCCUCCCCGGUGCGGGCAGCGAGGCUCUGCGCUUGCAGCUCAGCAUGGACACGAGCCGGGCCGGAGAGUUCCGACUGGCGCUGCGAGAUACGAGCGGAAACCGCAGUGUGUUCAUUGCGGAGUUUGACCUGCGCUCGGUGCAGUAUGAGGUCAAAUCCCCUCGCAGCCACGAGAUGCGCCUUGCUGCUCCGCCCCACGACUGCAUCCGCUUCAACUUCCGCUGCGACCGCGAAGCCGAGGAGUGGGCCACGGUGGUGAUGUCCUCACUAAGAGAGGCACAUAGAGGUCAGUUUGACGACGAUUUUCUUUUUGCAAAUAUUAACACAUGUGAAUCAGAUGGCAGACACGACCACACGGCAGCAGCUAUGGAGCAGUGGAGCUCGGCCUCGCUGCCGCUCACCGAGGAGCUGUGCUUGGAGCUCGCACGGGCGAUUGAAGCCGGUGACGCGCAAGCCGCCUCGCAGCAAGCGUCCGCUCUGGCUCGGCAGAAAGCGGCGCUGACGAUUCAGCUGUCGGAAAAGAACUACGCAGACGGAGAGAUCAGCUUAUCAGUGGUGGUGGAGGAUGUCUCGUCAUCCUGCUGCGUCACGGUGAAAGUCUUUCCCUACAUGACUGUGGCUGCACUCAAGCAACAGGUGUUUCUCGAGUAUGGCUUCCACCCCCGCGUGCAGCGCUGGGUGAUCGGUCAGUGCUUGUGCACCGAGCCGAGGUCGCUGGCCUCCUACGGGGUGCAGAAGGACGGCGAUACGGCGUACCUGUACCUGAUCUCGGCCCGGCAAGCCCGCAUCACCCGCCAGCUGUUCCAGCAGGACCUGGAGAGCGCCCUCCUCGCCCCACCUCUCCCACCAGGCAACGGCCCCACCUCCCAAGACUGGAGGGGUUACAGCACCCUGCCCUCGAGGCUACCCCACACCAAUCAGGGGAGCACAGGAGGAGGAAGCGACAGACCAGGCGACAUCAAAGACGUCCUCGACAUUGAGCAUCUGCAGCUGAAUGAUCACACCGCCAAAGCCAGUAAAACACAGACGGAGUGGGCUUGUCCCUCAUGCACUUUCAUCAACAAGCCGACCCGUCCGGGCUGCGAAAUCUGCGCUACAGCCAGACCCGACACACACAUCCAGCAGGAGAGAGGAAGGAGAGACGAUCGAGGAGAGUCUGGUUUAAGCAGCAGCAGCAGCAGCAGCUGACUGCCCACCGUCGCCGUGCAGUCGCCAUGUCUCACUCACUCACUCACACACACACACACACACGCAAGCGGAGUGAGGAUGCUAAAUCUGCUACAUACUUGUUGACAAAAUACUCACACAAAGACUGUCGAGUGCACUGAGAGUCCUCUGACAGCUGGCCGGCUGCUGAAGACGUUUGAAGCACUGUAGCAUGACACAGAGCUGCACAGGCCGAGGCUCCGACGGCGAACUGCAGACAGAGAGAACGGGCUUUGACCAUUGAUACGGACGUGACCAUGACAUACAUCUGAAUUUGGCCUGACCCCUUUAUUAUUUAUUUUACAGCGCGUGUGUGUGUGCACAGUGCAAACAGCACAGACGGCCUAAUAUUUAUUUUAGAUGAGAGGGACGCGAUGUUCGUUCUUUGCAUUUGAUCGCAGCUGAAGAUGAGGGCGACUUUCAGUGUCUGCCGACUGUGAAGUGAGAGGAAAGUCGAAGCCCCCGUUCUGCUCAUUAUCUUGUCACAUGCUGGUGCCACAGCAAAUGUCGGAAGCCACGGCUGAGAAGAGAAAGUGUGUUUACAGGGUCGUCAAGUGCUUUUAUUUUUUUACAACAUUGUAUUAUGUGUAUUAUUUUUAACAAGAUGCAUUGAGUAAUUGAUGUACAUUUUAGCAGUUGAUCUAAGUUUAUUCAAUUCCCUCUGAGCUGUGACAGCAAUGGAAUGAUUUGUUUUCAGAACAUAAUACUGUAAAAAAAAAAAUGCAUUAGCUGAAUAAACAUAAUGGAAC